AUGAGUAUGGUUGUCAUUGCCUUGGUCUUGCCUCCAUCCAAAAGCUUGUCCGGAGGCGACAUAGCAGCAAUAUACAAAUGUAUGAUUGAGUUCAAGUUGCAAGGUCUCGUCGAAGUGACGUGCCAUCGGCGACUCGACUACAUUGUACAGGCUAAUUCGACAAUAAGAAAGGGAGGCAUAUGCGAACAUUUGCGAAGUAGGUCUGUGGUUAGAAGAGAUCCUCAUACUGGAGGUCCUGCUCCCCGGUCGCCCGCCCAAUGUCCUCCCAGUCGUCGGUCGCCACUGGAACAAGCCCAGACGAAAGGAAAUCGCUGCUAUCCCAAACAGUGUCUAUGUCUGGGAGCGCACUGGUGGCUCCCUUCGUUGGGGACGCUUCAGGAUCGACAUUUUCUUUCUCCGUGGCUGUCGGUGGAGUAGCCUCAGGUGGCGACGCUGCGUCGGGCCCACAAGCUGUCGGGGUCGUUGGGCUGUGGGGCUCGUGACUACCACCAUUGGACUGAUGAG